AUGCCCCAAGACAUCCCUCAAGAGGCGGUUCAAUCCCCUCUAAGAGACGUCCCGAGUGUAAAGGUCGAUAUCGAAUCCGCAUCUAAACCGCUUACGCCGCCACCCAACGCCAACCAAAUCGAGAGUGAUUGUCCCGACACAAAGAACCUACUUAUAUUUCUCAACCGACGACGCCCCCGAGCCCCAUAUCAACCUCGACAAUCGCUGCGUCAUGCAGCUCAGCCGAUAUCUCAGGCGACGAGUUGGAAGACAGAAAAAAAGAAGCUGGAACAACUCGCAAUAGAUGAGAAAUUGGAUGAGACUGAGGAUCCUUCGCUGAAGAUUCCAAUUCCACCGAUACCACCUCAAGAAGAUGAGAAGGACGCCAUACAAAGCUCGCAAGUAUUGAGCAAGUCAAACAGCAAUUCCUGGACAUCUUAUGGAAAGCGAGUCUGCAAAAAACAGGAGAGAAAUUUAGAUACGGAACGGUUCAACAUCGUUUUUCAAGGGAACCCAGGCACAGGCAAGACGACAGUUGCUCGAUUAUUUGCGGAAUUCCUUUACUCAAUCGGCGUUAUUGGAUCUGACUCCGUGAUGGAGACUUCCGGGAUAGUUGUAGCCGAAAACGAUGUCAAGUGGAUAAACGAGGAAAUAGACGAGAUGAUCGAGGGCGGCGGUGGGGUUCUAUUCAUUGACGAGGCCUACCAAUUGACCGCCCCAUACGUACACGGCGGUGGGCGUAGAGCUCUAGAUGCUAUCCUCACGAAAAUGGAGAAUAACAUUGGGAAGCUUGUCGUGAUCUUUGUGGGUUACAGAGAUGAAAUGGAGUCUUUCUUCGAGCAUAAUCCAGGACUCACUAGCCGAAUCCCUUAUAGCGCCAAUUUUGCCGACUUUACCGAUUGGGAGCUAUGGAAGAUCCUAUCCGAUCUUAUAACUAAACAAUACAAAGGGAAUAUGAAGAUCGAGGGCGGCGCAAGCGGGCUAUACAUGCGUGUUGCUAUUCGCCGCUUAGCUCAGAUGCGCGGUUAUAAAGGCUUUGGGAACGCCCGAGAAGUCGAGAAUCUCCUUGCUAGAAUAGCUGAUCGACAGGCGAAACGUCUGGACAAGGAAAGAACUCUGAGACUCAACCUAGACUAUUUCUACUUCACCAAGGAGGACUUGAUUGGACCAGACCAGUCGCGAGUGUCGAAUGAAAGCACGGCCUGGGCUGAGAUGCAGGAUCUCGUCGGGCUUGAGCAGGUAAAGGAGUACAUAGCGAGGAUUAUCCGCAUGAUCAAGAUGAACUACCGUCGUGAAUUGAAUGAGCUAAACCCCUUGAAGUUCUCUCUCAAUCGACUCUUUGUCGGCGCACCGGGUACAGGGAAAACAACAAUGGCCAAGUUGUAUGGACGAAUAUUGGCUGACUUUGGCUACUUGAGCCGAGGCGACGUUGUCUUGAAAAACCCAGCGGACUUCAUCGGAGAAUGUCUUGGGAAGUCAGAAGCGAAAACAAAAAAAAUACUUGACAGUACUAUCGGCAAAGUCCUGGUGAUUGAUGAAGCGUAUGUCCUCGACGUUGGUGAUCCGGGAAGAGAUCAGGAUAAAUUCAAGUCCGGCGUCCUUGACACAAUCGUUUCUAUGGUGCAGGGGGUACCCGGUGAAGAUCGGUGCAUUAUCCUCGUCGGCUACGAAGAUAGGAUCAGAACUAUGUUUCGUAACGCUAACCCAGGCCUUGCACGUCGGUUCCCUACAGAAAUGCCUUACCAAUUCGGUAACUUUGGUCUGCAGCAGCUUCAGUUAAUUCUGGAGAAGAAGUUACGAGAGCAAGAUUUGAGUUAUACAACUCAAGCAGCCGAAGCGACUAGUGCUAUGUUCGAAAGAGCACUCAUGCGCCCGAACUUUACGAAUGCUGGCGAAGUCGACCGCUGCUUAGACAUAGCUAAGCUAAAAUAUGAGCAGAGACAAUCUGAGCUUCCCGAGGAAAAACAGGACUUUCGUGCCGUCCUCGAAGCUGUGGAUUUUGAUCCUGACUGGGAUCGUAGCUUGGACCAGGGACAGUUCGAUUGCCGAGUUAACCUUCAAGGUCGGGUCCACGGCCGUAUCGUUGAUCAGCUAUCCAACUAUCAGAAGCGGUAUCUCCGUGCAAAACAACUUCACAUGGAUCCAAGACGUCAGAUCCCAACGAAUUUUGUGUUCAAAGGCCCUUCAGGUACUGGUAAGACUACCACAGCUCAACAAAUGGGGAAGGUCUUCUACGGUAUGGGAUUUUUAUCUACGAGCGAAGUGAUAGAAUGUUCCGCAAGUGAUCUUCUUGGUGAAUACGUCGGUCACAAGAGGGAAGCGGGUGGCUAUCAAUGCGAAGGAGGUGCGCAUUUUAUACCUGAUUCGGAUUAGAGGGGAUGGAGUUUACAUUUGGGGAGAC